GAAAAUUAGAGUGGUGCUUUAGUUAACACUUCCAACGUUUGCCGCGAACGCGCGCUCGUGUAUAGGGAAUUUCCCGUCGAAGUCAUUCGUUGCGCAGUGUGUUAGUGAUUGCAUAAACAGAGGUUGGAAUUAGUUGGCAACAGCGCGCGCACAGGUUGCGCAGGACCGGUUGUUGGUGUGUAUGGUGAUCGGUGUGAGGUUAGGGUUUCUUCUCUGGUCCAUGUGCCGCGACUCAAGCUGCUCAUGUUUCGGACACUACCACAGAAGAUGUUGAAACCAGGGCUGAAAGUGGCGGUGAAACGGCGAUGGCGGGGCUGUUUCUGGAUGCUGACCACGACGGAGGUGGCCAUCCUACUGCUGGUGGCGGUAGGCCACACCGGGGCCAACGGCCAGUCGAUAACCGAAAUCAUCAAGGACGAUCACCUGGAGGGUCCGCACGUGUGCAAGGAAGUAGAAAACUCCACCGUCACGAUAACGAUACCGCGCGACGAAGCGUACCAGGAGCGGUACCAGAAGUGGUGCCUCGGCAUACCGCCGCGCUGUUCCGCGUACCGGAUCAAGAUCCGGACGGUGAACGAGACGACCACCAUUAUCAAGCAGCAGAUCGUGAAGAAGUGCUGCGUCGGCUACACGCUGUCCGAGGACGGGAUGCGCUGUGUGCCGGAGUGUAAGGCGGGCUGCCGGCAUGGCCAGUGCAUCGAGCCGGACUACUGCCGGUGCGAGCAAGGAUACGCGGGCAAAACGUGCAACAUCCAAUGUCCACCGAAUCUGUGGGGAUCGGAUUGCUCGCAGCGCUGUAAAUGUACGAACAACUCGACCUGUAACGCGGCCGACGGUAGCUGUUGGUGUCAGCGUGGCUUCAAGGGACAGUACUGCGAGGAAACGUGCGCCAGCGACCGGUUCGGGCAGGACUGUGCCGAGCGGUGCCAGUGUCACAACGGUGGCAAGUGCGAUCACGUGUCGGGCGAGUGCUACUGUGCCGCAGGAUUCACCGGGCCACUUUGCACCGAGAGCUGUCCGGCCGGGACACACGGGGCCCAGUGCCAAUCGAAGUGUCGCUGCCAGAACGGUGGGACGUGCGAUCCAGUGACGGGUGAGUGUGUCUGCCCGGCAGGAUAUACCGGGACGGUGUGCGCGAACCGCUGCCAACCGGGCCGCUACGGGUUAAAGUGUGCGGAGCGGUGCGAGUGCUUUAACGGAGCCGACUGUGACCGGGUGACGGGCCAGUGCAGCUGUGCGCCCGGCUUCAUGGGAUCCAAGUGUCUCGACUCCUGCCCCCACAAUCGGUACGGCAUCGAUUGCAGCGAAAUGUGUCGCUGCCAGAAUGGGGCCACCUGUGACACGUCGGAUGGGCGGUGCACGUGCGCGGACGGGUGGACCGGGGCGGACUGUGGAAAGCGGCUGUGUCCACCGAAACGCUUCGGCGCCAACUGCACCGAGCAGUGCGAGUGCGACUGGAACAACACGAAAAUGUGUCAUCCGUGGACCGGAAAGUGCCUGUGUCAGCCGGGCUGGAGCAACAGUGCCUGCGAUCGACCGUGCCGCUUCCUGCGCUACGGCCAGGACUGCCAGCUGCCGUGCAAGUGCAAGAACUCGUCGCCCUGUUCCCACAUCGACGGAACGUGUCUGUGUAUAGCCGGGUUCAAGGGAGAUAGCUGCGAGGAACCGUGCGCCAACAACACGUACGGUCAGAACUGCAGCGAACGGUGCCAGUGCAUGAACGGGGCCACGUGCGAAGGCGACUCGGGCAAGUGCAUUUGUACGCCCGGCUGGCAGGGCAUCAAGUGUGAUCGGCCGUGCGACGCGCAGCACUUUGGGCCCGACUGUCGGGAACAGUGCCGGUGCGGGAACGCUGGCGUCUGCAAUCCGGUCAAUGGGCAGUGCAGUUGCCCGGCCGGCUGGACCGGGGAGCUGUGCGAGCAAAAGUGCUCGUCCGGUCGAUUCGGCCAGAACUGUGGCCAGGUGUGCGAUUGCCACCUGGAGAACACGCUGGUCUGCAAUGCGACCACCGGGCGCUGUAUCUGCAAAGCGGAUUGGGGUGGUAUUCGGUGCGAGAGUCGCUGUCCGCUCGGUUACUACGGUGAGAACUGCAACGAAAUCUGCACCUGCCACAAUAAUUCGUCCUGCGAUCCGACAACCGGUGACUGUAUCUGCUCGCGUGGAUGGUUUGGCCCGACCUGCAGUGAUCCGUGUCCGGCCGGCUACUUUGGUCACGGCUGUCUAGAGAAGUGUCCCGGGGCGAGCGACACUGCCAGUAAGGCGAAAAGCAAUCGAACGUGCAAUCCCAUCACGGGCAAGUACAGCUGCCCGCCCGGGUACAUUGGGCCAACGUGCGAGCAUCCGUGCUCGUCCGGUUUCUUCGGACAGGACUGUCUGCAGACCUGCAGCUGCAAGAAUGGAGGCGAAUGUUCGCACGUCACGGGCAAGUGCCAAUGUCCUCCCGGCUGGACCGGAACUCGGUGUGAGAAGGCGUGCGAAGACAUGUUUUACGGUACGAACUGUAGUCAGCGCUGCAACUGCCACAACAAUGCCAAGUGCCGGAAGAACGAUGGCAACUGUAACUGCGAAGCCGGCUGGAUGGGUCACCGGUGCGAUGAGGUGUGCCCGGACGGGUUCUACGGCAAUCACUGCAUGAAGACGUGCGAGUGCCCACCCGGGAACUUUGUGUGCCACGCGGCGAAGGGCUGUGUCUGUUCGACGGGCUACACCGGGAAGAACUGUGACGAGCGGAUGACGAACCGGUUCGUGCAGGAGCGGGUCGAUGAAGCCGGCAACAUUGGCACGGUUUGGACGAUCGUACUGAUGCUGCUGUUUGCGACCGUGGUCCUGAUCAUCAUGCUGUACUACCGCCGGCGGGUAGCCAAUCUGCGGGCGGAGGUGAAUCACGUCGUCAACUACAUGACCCAGGAGCAACCGAGUCACUUUGACAAUCCGGUCUACGCACGCACCGUUUCGGGUCCGUCGGCAAAUGGAAGCUGCAUGACGGCGGUCCCGCCGCUCGACGCACGCACCGGUCUGCUGCGCGGAGUGCUGCCGAACAACCUGUGCUCCGUCCUGACGACCGGACGCCGCCACACACCGAACCACGACAAGUACAGCUAUCCGGACAACAACGAGCAUGGCACGGAUAAGUCCUAUUCCAUUCACUACUAUCCGGAUCAGAGUCUGAAGAACCUGGAAGCGGAUCUGACCAAUCCGAACUACUACAAAGACCACGUGUACGACGAGAUCGGACUAAAGGAUUCGAUGGCCGACACCGAAUACGAUCAUCUGGACUACUCGCGGGCCGGUAGCUCCCAUAAGGCGCACUACUUCCAUAUGCCCAACGAGGGCGCCGUCGGUGGCUCUCCGCUGGUACCCAACGGAAACAUUGCGGGUGCCGGUGCAUCGGCCGGCGGCCCACUGAUGACCCCCGGCGGAUCCCCGAAACCGAUCAACGUGAUCAUCAACAAUCUUUCCGCGCCACGGCACAUGCAAGCCGCGCCCAACCAAGCCGCCCCGUCGUCAUCGGCAGCGAUGGUGGUGACCGGCAACGAUCUCUCGUCAUCGUCCAACUCUUCACCUACCCCACCUGCAUCGCCACCACCGCUCCCGCACCAUCGUCACCGAAAUCACCACGAGCACGAUCGUACGAGUGGCGGUUCCAGUAGUUCCACGUCGACGACGGCCACGCUCCAUCUGGUGCCGGAAGUCGGCACCGACGAUGGUGGCAGUAUCUACGUGCCAAUGCUGGGCAAUGGUGGUGCUGGUGCCGGACUUGGCGCUGAGCCCGGCACCUCACCCAGCACGUCCUCCUCAUCGUCGUCGGGGGCAGGGACCAAGAUUCCCGAUCAUCAGCUCAACAUCAAGGAAUGAGUGUCCUCCGCUCUGCUCCCAGAGUCCGGCUCGUGUGUUAGUUCCCCGAUUAAGUAGCGAUAGUUUGAUAAGCCGUUUUGUGCAUUUGCGUGUGAUAAUCGUCCCGAUAUGUUUCCUUCGCACCCGAAUCUUUCGUUUAUCCGCCACCCCGCCAACCCCGCUCCCAUCGCGUUCCUUUCAUCGUUCGGCACUGCGUAACGUGUAAUUGAACGGUGUUCAUUAGGUUUUUUUUUCUUUUGUAUUAUAGAGACUUUGAGCUGUAAUAGCCUAACAUUCGGCUCUUUAUUCACUAGGUUUCGAUUAGGGUUAGAUUAAGAGAACCAGGCGAAGGACCUUCGCCUCUCGCAUUCCGUGAUCCGCACCAGAGAGAGAGAGAGAGAGAGAGAGAGAGAGCCUUCACCAGCGUCCUGCGAUGCGCUCCGUACGAAUACACUUCAUAUCACAAACAAACGCCAUCGAAGUCAGUGGCCAGCAGCAGCAUAUUAGUGCGGAUUAGUAUUUUUUGUGCGUAGUUGUUCGGUGGAAGCUGCCGCUCAAAGUGAGGAUCGUGCCAAAAGUAGGAAAAAUAUAGAACCGAUUGAUUGUAAGGUAAGCCAAUGAUAAGGAGGAAUGUCUAGCAGGAAUCAGCGACGUACAGAAGAAACCCCCAAAAGGAGCGAAGUACGAAACACGUACAGAGACAAGUGAUACACUAAAACAGGCUAAAACAUUAUGGAGGAACGAGCAUUUGGAAAGAUUUUAAAAUCAUUCAGAUCGGAUCGUGUUAAAUAUUUAUAUAAACUUUUACUCUUGUUCUCCUUAUUGCGCCGAUCGGCGAUCUUUCUGGUAGACCAGAGUUACGUUGCUGUUGAGCACUGUGAAGGCGCAAUAAAACGAAAUUUGGAUCUCCGUUAGAGUGACCCCCGCGCACACGCGCUUUCGAUCGAUAUCGAUCUCCACAUCGUGAGAAAGUGAUGUGAUAGUGUAAUCACUCUUCGUCAUUCAAAUUCGCUAGCUUAUGGUACCGUUUUUACUAUAAAAAUAAAACAUGUGAACAUUAUAUGGUAACGUUAGUGGCAGGAGCUCUAUUCACUAUAAAGAAGCAUAAGGGAUCGUCAGAGUGUACGCGUGGCUACGCGGCAAGAAGUCUGAUAACAAAACAGCAAUCAAUCAGCAUUUGAUCGAAAGCAAUAAAUUUUACUAUUAAACCGAGAGGUGCGGGAGAGAAAAUGAUGAGAAACCGCAAUAAUGAUGGUCAAAAAGCAAACCUUUAAACAGUGUUAACUAUUUUCGACCAAUCAGCCGAAUAUUGUAUUUUAGUCGCAUCAAUCGUUACUGAUUAUUGCCAAA